GAUAAUUACCGGUAGAUGAACAACGAACAGAGUAUAUUUUAUCCUCUACAUAAUAGGCCUACCGUUCAUUUGAACAUCUUUAAUUUCAAAUAAUUUGAUUAUACAUGUAAUCUUACAAGUAGCUGGUCCAUGAUGUAUAAUUGACAAAUUACAUCGCCUGAAAGAAUGGAAGUGGACAAUCCUCCAGAUGAUUCCUCCUUACAUGAUUUGCCGAACACAGUCCCUACUGAUGCUACAGAGGAUCUAGACACUCAGUCUGAAUCGUGUAGCAACAGUAAAGAUAUCACAGCUGAUUCCAAUGACUUUCUCAUUCCCAAAGCAAAGACUGAGGAACAAUCCACAAGUGACACCAGUUUACCAUUACAAGAUGAUAAUCCUGUGUCCACAGUUUCAAACUCACAGGAGCCAUUACCAGUGGCAAAAGUCGCUUCUUUGCGGGACCAGCUCUCACUAUUACCUGAAAGUCCUAGCCGACGUAAAGAACCAAUAAAUGUCCGAAUCCGUGAUAUAAAUCCUUACAUUACCUGUGGUCUGUGUGGCGGGUACCUGUACGAAGCAUCAACUAUAACAGAAUGCAUGCAUUCGUUUUGUAAGACUUGUAUCGUACGCCAUACAGAGAGACACUUGAACUGCCCAACAUGUGAUGCUGCAAUACACCCCACAGAUCCUUUUGUCCAUAUAAGAAAUGACAGCACAAUUCAAGAUAUUGUGUAUAGACUAUUGCCCGAUAUUGCUGAAGAGGAACAGCGAAGAGAAAAAUUGUUCUACGAGGAGCAUGAAAGAGUAACAGGAGUGCAAAUUACACCCAAACUAACCUUGCCCCCACCCCCUCCACGGACGCCGCCCCCAAAUUCCAUUCCACCAAUGCCAGUAAAACCACCAGCAAGGAAGUCAGAAUCUCAGAAACAGCGAAACCUAGGGAACUUCAAGUCACAUUGUGUGUCGCUGUUCCUCGAAUACAUUGGGGAUUUAGAUGAGUUUGGUGACCAGCUUACUUUAGCAAAAAAUUUUCUUCGUGUGACGGGCAAAGCAACCAUAGGAAAUCUGAUUAGCUUUAUAAGGAAGAAACUUUAUCUGACAACCCACUGCAAUGUUGACAUUUUCUUAACCCAUGAUUCAGACACAACAUUGAUGACAACAGAUAACAAACUACAAAAUAUCAGAGAGGAAUUUUACCAGGGACAGGACUGCAUUGUAGAGCUACAGUACAGAGUGAGCACCAACCUGGAUGAUUAGGACAGUAAGAAGGCGGAAAUAUCUUAAAAGACUUGAAGGUUCUUUUCUCUCUAUAUUGUUUUGUUGUAAAAGGGAGAUCUUGUCCAUUAUAUUGUACACUUACACUGCCUUCCCCAAAAAAGUCCCUUUCACAUUGUCUGACAUAUGUCGGCAGGAUCAUUUUCAAACCCGGACUCUGGAGUUGCUGCUCUUCUUUCAUACCUUGAUUUGUCUGACAUAUUGUUUAUAAAAAAAGAAGCUGUUGCAUAUUUUAUACUUGAAGUUGAUUGAUUUGUCAUCCAUCCUCCCUGAAGUUACAGGGAAGUUAAAGGGAGGGAACUAUUUUCAAAAUUCUUCAGAAAUGUUAGGUUUUGGGAAAGCAGUGUGCAUUGCAUUGUAAGCAUUUUUUUUCCAUACACAAGCAUGACCUUGUCUUCGUAGACACAUUUAAAAAAUUAUAGAAUAAACCAGCUGUCAUUAUUUAAUCUAUAGAAGAUGAGUGUUAACAGAAUCAGCUAUCUUGAAAAGAUAAAUUAAUUAGUCAUGUAACAUAUAAGUUCUUCAAUACAGUAUAUAAUGUUAUACAAUAAAUUUUAUUUAGAGUCCUUUAAAUAUAAAAAAAAUUAAAGACUGACAAAAAACAAACAUUAAUAUAAGAUGAUUGAGUAAGUUUCUACCAACCUGCUAUUUGUCUAAGUAACAAUAAUUGGCACGGAAAAAUAUUAGAACAGAUACAGUAUAGGUUUCAGAAUGUAAAGUACACAAACUAUCACAGAGUAAUGACGGUUCAUAUGGUAGGUGACUGGAUACCAUCCCAUCCCAACAAGAUCACAUGCCACUUUAUAUUACGACAAUAACUAGACAGGCCCCUAGAAUUGCUUAGCCAAAUUUUUACACUUAUAGCUAUAUCUUAUCCACCCCCACCAUUGGUAACCGAGUUCAAAACUUAUCGUAGAGAAUUAAAGCUUGAUUUUAUUUAUAAUUUUUUUUCAUAUUAUAGAGACUAGGGCAAUGCUAGACAAUGACCAGAAAUUAAGAUGUUGAAAAAAUAAACUGGUAAACAUACUAGAAUGAUUCAAUCUGAUUAAAUUCUGUAGUUACAUGGCUACGUUUACUAUGUACUACACCUGACAUAGUAUGUAGUAAACAAGGCGAUGUAACAGCUGAUUUUAAUCAGAUUGAGAUUGAUUAAAAUAUUUUGUAUGUUUGUAAAAUUGAUAUGUAGAACCACUCAAUACAAAGCAUUAUGUUAGCACAUAUUUUCAGAGCUGUUCAAGAUGCUGUACAUUAUAAUAGUAAGUAGUGUAAAAAGAAAAUAAGUUAUGUUUCUAAAUGCAUUUUAUUAUGCCUUAAAACUUAUAAUUACUAGAGAUAGCCUGGUAUUCAAUAUUGUUGUUCAGAUUCUUACUUUGUCAGCCACUGACAUGGACACAGGGAAAUAUGUAAAAGGUAGAGAAAAUGUUUUCCUAAAAUGUUGAAUGGGUGCCUUGAUGUAUUGGUAAUUGUUGUUGACAGUUUGAUGUUAUUGAGUAAGUUUUACCUGACAUUGUGUUCACAUAUAUUUACAUUUGUCUGGCAUUGUCACUAUAUAGUCUGUUUGAGAGCUCUGGCAUUGAUGUACGUUUAAAUGCCAUCCAUCACGCGCUACACUUAUCAGCGUAUUAAUACAACAAAAACCGGAACUACAAUAUCCAGGAUGAUUGAAGUUUAAAGACUAAUUAUUUUGUCUACAUUAUUUGUUAUAAAAAAUAUGCCAUUUGUGCAUUACGUUGAUAAUAAAAUGAUUA